AUGAAAGGUCUACGAUGGCGCUACACUCGGCUGCCCAUCCAGGAGGAUGGCCUAUCUGGGGAGAGUGAAGAAAAAGAAGAGGAAGAGGCAGGUCCAGCCUCCAUCAUAGUCCCUAGUCCUGAAGAUCCGGUGGAAACUCAGCUUGCAGAAGCCAGUCAGGUGCUGGGCACCUCGGAGAUCAGGCAGCUCAGUCUCCACCUCCCCCCGAGAGUCACUGGACACUCCUGGAGUCUGGCCUUCUGCACAGCAAGGGACGGCUUCAGCCUGCGGACCCUAUACCGGCAGAUGGAAGGCCACAGCGGGCCAGUGCUGUUGGUGCUACGGGACCAGGAUGGGCAGAUGUUUGGGGCCUUCUCCUCCUCGACUAUCCGACUGAGUAAAGGUUUCUAUGGCACUGGCGAGACAUUCCUCUUCUCCUUUUCCCCGCAGCUGAAGGUUUUUAAGUGGACUGGAAGCAACUCUUUCUUUGUCAAAGGAGACCUGGAUUCACUGAUGAUGGGCAGUGGCAGUGGCCACUUUGGGCUGUGGUUGGACGGAGACUUGUACCACGGGGGAAGCCAUCCCUGUGCGACCUUCAACAACGAAGUGCUGGCCCGGCAGGAGCAGUUCUGCAUCCAGGAGCUGGAGGCCUGGGCCCUGAGCUGA